AUGAUCACCUCGGAGAGAAUCCCCUUCGGGUCCAGAAGGAGGCACAAAAGCGUUAUCAGGAACAACAGCAACGGCGGCGAGAGCAUCUUUGUGUUUGUAAUGAGCAUGUCCGUAUGGAGUGCUGGCUUAGAGUCUGUGAUGGCCGGGGCGGGGGCGGGGGUCAAACGCAAUGUGGAAGUCAAGUUCGACCCAUCCGCUAGCAUCAGUAGUGCAGCAAUAAGACAGGUGGUGGUCAUUCCGCCAGGGCACAGCCAUUGGUUCGAGAUUCCCCGUGUAGCUGGCGGAAGCUUUUUCAGCCGCAAAGCGAUGGUGGUUAUUGCCUCGGAAGGGGAAGACCCCAAGAUGCAGUUGCAGGCCGUGGUCCAUCUCCGCAGCUCCACGCUAUUAACGGUAUCUCUGGGCCCCUCAUCUCGUACGCGAGGGAGGGUGGUUGUUGACACGCUCACUAGGGAGAAUCUUAUCUCCCACGACAAGGCCAACGAGCAGCACAGUUCGCCACAGGCGGACAGGAGUGAUACCGAGACUGCUCCGGCAUCUACCUGCGACACUGCGUCGAACGGAGAAUCAUCUCCUUUUGAUUUUGUUGAGGUCGGCAGUGAAGAUGGUGGGAUUCUUUCCCAAAUUAUGCGCGUUAUCCAGACGAAUCUGUCUGCGUCAGCCGCAUUUCCGAAAGAGGCAAACACGGCAUCGACGACCUGUGACGGCAGUAAUUUGAAGAUCAAGAAGCGAACCCUUGCGUCGAAAGCAGCAAAGCGCCGGAGGAGACCAUCAUCGAAGAGAAUACCACCGCGCCACCUUCAUGCCACCACAUGUGGUUGCGAUCCCGCGGCGACGAUACUAACCCAGGGGCACGGAUGGUGGCUGGUGGUACUCGACUCGCGAUGCACUCAGUUAGGACGCGUACCGCGCACUUGCGGCCUGACGGCAAUUUAGGUGAUGUUCCAUGCUAGGAAUUUCUGCACUUCUCACCCGAAGUACUUAGAUGACCGCCUGAAAUAAGUUUUUUCCAAGAUGAGGCCACGCUAGAAUUUGCUGCUUGUCAUCCACCUGCCGCGCAGGGCACGACGUCUCAUGCC